AAAUUUAAUUUGUUGCAAUAAAUUGUUAACUUCUAAAAUAUUGUUAAGGUUUUAAUUAAAUUUAAUUUGGUAAAUUCAUAUUCCAAAAAUUAAGCCUCUACAUUUAUAAUGCCGCAUUAUCUAUGUAUUGUUUAAUAUCUUAUCAGGUCUGGUAUUUUAUUUGUAGUACACUGGGUAGAGGUGGCAAUCAGUUCGUCCAAUUUUACCUUUAGCGAUAGAGAUCCCGUGAUAAAGUGACAAGUGUUUAGGAAGUUUUAAAAUGCUAGAAAUUUGUUAAAGUUAGUUAAAGUUAUGGUUCUCGCCAGCAUUUUUACGAGAAGAAAAAAUUAUGCCGCCGCGGCCAGCGAACGAACUGUCUUGGAAAGGGUGUUAUCCACCUUAGACUUAACGGCUUUGGGUGUCGGAAGUACCGUCGGAUUCGGCGUUUAUGUUAUAGCAGGACAAGUAGCCAAAGAAAUCGCCGGCCCUGCCGUUGUUGUUUCUUUUCUUAUUGCAGCCGUAGCUUCUAUACUUUCAGGAUUAUGUUACGCAGAAUUUGGUGCGAGGAUACCAAAAGCUGGUUCCGCAUACAUUUACAGUUACGUAACAGUUGGAGAAUUGGUAGCUUUUAUAGUGGGAUGGAAUUUAAUACUUGAAUAUGUGAUAGGCGCUGCUAGUAUUGCAAGAGGAAUAAGUUUAUACAUAGACAUGCUGGCUGGUGACGUUCUUAAAGACACUUUUGUAGAGAUUGCACCGAUUCAUUUUUCCAUUAUGGGAAAGUACUUCGACUUUCUCGCCUUUGGAUUGGCCAUUCUCAUAUCAGUUGCUUUGGCAUUCGGAUUAAAAGAAAGUACGAAAUUAAACAACGUUAUAACAGCUUUAAAUUUAGUUGUUAUACUUUUCAUCAUCAUCGCUGGAGCUAUACAUAGUGACAAUGAAAAUUGGAAUCGUCCCAAAAACAUUACCGCAUCAUCGAUAGAGAACGGUGGAUUUUUGCCGUUUGGAAUAACCGAGAUGUUAAAAGGAGCCGCUACAUGUUUUUACGCUUUCGUUGGAUUCGAUUACAUCGCCGCGGCCGGGGAAGAAGUUAAAAAUCCGAAACGAGCCCUCCCCUUUGCGAUAAUCGGUUCUCAGAUUAUCAUUUUUCUCGCAUAUUUCUCCACGUCCACGGUUUUAACUAUGAUGGUUCCAUUUUAUGAAUUAUGCAAAAACGCACCAAUUCCAGAUGCUUUUAAGCAAGUUGAUUUUGAAGAAGCGAAAUGGAUCGUUGCUAUAGGUGGGAUUUGUGGAUUGUUCACAAGCUUAUUUGGAUCAAUGCUUCCGUUACCUCGCAUUCUUUAUGCUUUGGCAUCGGAUGGAUUAAUUUUUAAGUUUUUAGGCAGCGUAAAUUCUACGUUUUCAACUCCUUUAGUGGGAACUCUUAUUGCUGGAUUAAUUACAGGAAUUAUGGCAGGACUUUUUGAUUUGCCUCAAUUAGUGCAUAUGAUGUCGAUUGGGACUUUAUUAGCUUACACACUCGUUUCGGCAUGUGUACUUAUUUUAAGGUACAGAGAUGCGUAUGGGUAUGAUGAUGAUUCUAAUGGGGACAAGUUAAAGAAAGAAAAUGAUUCGUUUAUUGGAAAUGUUUUUAAUACGAGUAGAAAUAAGGAGCCAACUCGUCUAUCGCAAAACAUUUCUUUAUCUUAUAUCUUGAUCUACACAACUUUAGCUCUUGUAAUAGCUUUGUUACUGUUUUUCGGUUAUUCUCACUUAGAAGAAGGGCGAUUAUAUAUCAUUAUUCUUGUCUCGGUUGUUGGUGGAAUUAUGAUCAUAUUGUUAUUUUUACUUGCAUUCCAACCAACAACAAAAGAAACUUUAUUUUUUAAAGUUCCCUUUGUUCCAAUCAUUCCAGCAUUGAGCGUUUUAAUCAAUAUUUAUUUAAUGCUAAUGUUGGAUUAUAAAACGUGGAUUCGAUUUGGGGUAUGGACGAUUAUUGGAAUCUUAAUUUAUCUUCUCUGCAUAAGAAAAUCAUGUUUAACACCUACAAAACAUCAAACAUCUUAUUCAAAUGGCCACACAAGCCUCGCGUAUGUAGUCAACGAAGAUUCGGCAUCAGAAGAAAAGCCCCCGUCGGAGGAUAGUGGUAUAGCUAGAAGCAUGGAAAAUAUUCCUGUUAUUGAUUUGGACGAAGAAAUUAAAGAACCUAAGAAACAAGAAAAUAUCUUAGUUAUGUCAAGGAAAAGUAGCGCAAGCGUCGAUGAGGAUGUAAAGGACGCUUUGGCGAUGUUAGAUAAAGUUGUGCAAGAUGAUGAUGGAUUGCGAAGAUUAUCUUAUGGAAAUUACUCGACGGCUUCUUUUGGAGAGUUAAUAACAAAAGAUGUGGAUGUAAUUGUACAUAGAGAAGAUGUGAAAAGUAUUCCAACAACUCCAGUAAUUGAAAUACCAUCAGCGCCUUAUGAAGAGGAAAAUCUUCAAGAAGAAAUUUCUGAGAAUGAAAGUUUUCGAGAUAAAAAUCUUCAAGAUGAAGACCAUCACGAUGAUGGAAAAUUAACUAUUAAUGUGAAUUUUGAUAGUGAAUUAAAAAUAUUAGAUAGUCCACAAUUGAGUAUAAAUUUUAGUGACGGAGAAACUGAUACAGAUUCUCUCGAAGUUAUUAUUCCGCCACCUCCACCGCUAGAAAUUUUUGAAAAAUCGAUCACCCACAUACCAAGAAUUUCCAUCCCACAUAAACCGAGAACUCCCACCCCUGAUAUAUCCCCAACUCAAUCUCCAAGUUACAACAUUCCACCUCCACCUCCUUUAGAUGGAUUUUCUAAUUACACCCCUUACGCCAUCCCUAAAGUUAAAACUUCAACACCACCAACACCCAUAAAAGAUUACCCAACACAACCAUCAAAAAGAUCAAGCGUCGAAAAACCUUCUAAAGACACCGAAGAAUCAGACGAUGAAACAAUAAACGAUAACGUUAGAUUUGGAGAUAAACAACAUUUACAAUUAAAAGAUAAAUUGGAAAAACUUUUUAUGGUCAAAGCGGCUACUCAAGUAAAUCAACCCAAAUUAACGAAACCCAUUGAUUACCCAGUUGACGAAGAAGUAAGUGGAUUAAAAACUUUAAAACCGGUAAUGUCACAAAUUAUAUCUGAAAUAACGAAAUCAAACGCGGGACAAGAAGACGAACUUAAUGACGAAAAACGUGAAAAGGAAAAAUUGGUGGAUGAAACUCCUCAAACUCCCGGGGAUAUCAAAAAUCGUUUAACGGAACUUUUCCGUUCGACUCGAGAAAAUCCAACGUCGCCGAGGAAAAUUAGGAAACCCCUUGAAGCUAUGUCGAAUGAAACGCAAGAAAUAAACAAUGCAAAAGACAUAGAAAAUCACAAAAUGAAUAUGGCUAAUGCUUUGAGUACUAUUAAAUUGAGAAACGUUCAAAAAGAUUAAUUUGUUUAUCUUUGUUGACAGGAUAAGUUGAUGAAGGAAUCUCAAGCAAUAUUUUAUAAGUGUACACUUGAAAUUACGUAUGAACGAUAAUAAUAAAUCUUAUAAAUAUUUUUCAGAAAGAUAACUCAAAUUGUCGUGCCUUUUGAUUAGUUCCAAAAUGUUUUAUAUUAUAUUAUAUAUAUAUAUGUAUAUUUAUUUAUAGAUUGAUAUAUUUUUAAU